CUGGCGCUGGUCACGGCUUAUCUGCUUGCUUAGUCUGCCGUUGCACGACGAUUUUCUCUGCCUAAUUUCUCCCCUUCCUCUUCCGCCAGCAUCUCUCUCGCCCGACCGGCGUCGUAGCAGUGACGCUGGCGGUGGAGCCCUUCGCCGUCUCUGUUCUUCUCUGGAUUUUACCUUCCUCCUUUCGCUCUUUUGCUCUCAGUGGUGUUUUGUCUGCUGAACCUUCGCUGCGCUACGAAAAAGGAGUCUCCUUUCACUCCAAAUCCGCUGCUUGUAGGAUAAUCGCGACUCUUCUCGAAGCCUUAUGAGAAGAAUCCUAACGCCGUCUCUGGAUCUGAAAUCCCAUCCUAGCUGAUCGCUUAAGAUCGGAGUGAAUCCUGUUCCAAAGGAGGAAACAUUCGGAUUUUGGACGUUUGGGGGUUCCAUUGAUUUUUGACAGACGAAUUGAAGUGGAAGACAGCCAGGAUGAGAUGAAAGAUGUUAGUCACAUUAAUGAACCUGCUUAGUUCCUGCUGGCUGCCGUCAGACCGAUAUGGCUAUUUAGGUUCUGAUGCUGUAGGUCGGCAGGAUGGACUUCUAUGGUAUAAGGACAGUGGCCUGCAUUUUAAUGGCGAAUUCUCCAUGGCAGUGGUCCAAGCAAACAACUUGCUUGAGGACCAGUGUCAGAUUGAAUCUGGGCCACUGAGCUUGCUUGAAUCCGGUCCCUAUGGCACCUUUGUUGGUGUAUAUGAUGGUCAUGGCGGUCCAGAAACAUCCCGUUAUAUCAAUGACCAUCUAUUUCAGCAUCUUAAGAGAUUUGCAGCUGAACAUCAAUCAAUAUCUGUGGAUGUAAUACGAAAGGCAUAUCAAGCUACAGAAGAAGGCUUUACCUCACUGGUUGCCAAACAAUGGUCAACAAAACCUCAGCUUGCUGCUGUUGGCUCGUGUUGUUUAGUUGGUAUUGUCACUGGUGGUAUGCUGUAUACUGCCAAUCUUGGUGACUCCCGUGUUGUUCUUGGGAAACUUGUCAAAGCGACUGGAGAAGUUUUGGCGGUUCAGUUGUCAGCUGAACACAAUGUAGGAAUUGACUCUGUGAGACAAGAGUUGCAGUCAAUGCACCCAGAAGAUAAACAAAUUGUUGUGUUGAAGCAUAAUGUUUGGCGUGCGAAGGGCCUAAUCCAGGUUUCUAGGUCAAUAGGCGAUGUCUACUUGAAAAAGGCAGAAUUUAACAGGGAACCAUUAUUUGCAAAGUUCCGGUUACGAGAAACUUUCAAAAAGCCUAUACUCAGCUCAGAACCAUACAUUUCUGUGCAGCCAUUGCAACCACAGGACGUGUUUCUUAUAUUUGCAUCAGACGGCCUCUGGGAACAUCUCAGCAACCAAGAAGCUGCUGAUAUUGUUCACAAUAACCCUCACAGUGGAAGUGCCCGGCGACUCAUCAAAGCUGCACUUCAAGAAGCAGCCAAGAAAAGGGAGAUGAGAUACUCUGACCUACAGAAGAUAGACCGUGGUGUUCGCCGGCAUUUCCACGACGACAUAACUGUCGUCGUUGUGUUCCUCGACUCCAACCUCGUUAGCAGGGCCAGCUCACACCGGGGGCCUUCUCUGUCGAUAAAAGGGGGCGGAAUCACGGUGCCUGCAAGCUCCGCUCCCCUGUCCCGUAUACAAUACCCGCCUAAAUCUCAACCUGUUGUUGCUUCUAAGUAAAUGUAAUCCUCAGCGAUGUAAAUGGAGGAGAGGAGAUUUGGAUUGUGCCUGUUCUAGCAGACGUUAACUGCAGACACAUUCAAGUUAGUUUAUCGUUGUUAUAAUACUGAUAGAAAUGUUCAUUUUUUUUUACCUGUAUUCUUUCCUAUUUAAUAACUAAAUUAUGAGUAAAUUAGUGAGUGGUUGAAUGA